GGGCACUUCUCCUCAUUUCCACCACGUCCUCCUGCCCAUGAGCUCUCGAAUUCUUAUCCUUGGCAGCGGAGGCCGCGAACAUGCCCUUGCUUGGAAACUAGCAAAAUCAGAGCUCGUCCAGUACAUAUUCGUCUCUCCUGGAAACGGCGGUACAGCCCACAACCCGAAAACGUCAAAUGUCGUCUUACACUCGGAUCAUAUAUCUGAGCUUAUCGCGUUUGCUGUCGAAAAUAACAUAGACCUCGUCGUCCCUGGCCCAGAACAGCCUCUCGUAGAUGGAAUAGAGCAUUAUUUUAGAAAAGUCGGGAUACCCGUCUUCGGCCCAAGUGCAUUGGCUGCACGUAUGGAAGGCUCAAAAGCUUUCUCAAAGGCUUUCAUGGAACGCCAUUCCAUCCCCACCGCAAAAUACCGCGUUUUUUCCUCUUCAGACGUCGAUCAGGCUAUCCAUUAUGUUCAGACUUGCGGUCAUCGCGUUGUUCUCAAAGCUAGCGGUCUGGCAGCUGGUAAAGGCGUACUCAUUCCCGAAACAAGCGACGAAGCAGUCCAGGGUCUUCGUGAAAUCAUGGUCACUAAAAUAUUUGGUGGUGCAGGCAGCGAGGUUGUCGUUGAAGAGUUACUGACUGGCCCUGAAAUUUCUGUCCUCGCCUUUUCGGAUGGUUACACUAUCAUCCCCCUACCAGCUGCUCAAGAUCAUAAACGUUUUGGCGAGGGUGACACUGGCCUCAACACAGGUGGUAUGGGUGCCUAUGCUCCCACUUCAGUAGCCUCUCCCGCUAUCAUGGAUCAAAUUAUGUCUGAAACUUUACGGCCCACUAUCGAUGGCAUGAGAAAAGAAGGUUUCCCCUUUGUAGGACUUCUAUUCACCGGCUUCAUGCUGACAGAAUCUGGCCCCAAAGUGCUGGAGUAUAAUGUCAGAUUUGGCGAUCCAGAAACAGAAUCUCUGGUGCUUCUUCUCAGCGAAAAUGUAGACUUGGCAGCAAUACUAUUGGCUUGCGCGGAGCAUCGCCUUGAUUCAGUUAACAUUAGUACUCGUCCUGGCUUUGCCGUUUCUGUCGUUCUGGCCUCCAGCGGAUAUCCUGGAAAUUACGCCAAAGGAAAACAGAUCGAAAUAGGACAAGUCCCAUCUAACGUUGUCGUCUUUCAUGCUGGGACCUCAGUAUCUGGCGAGCAUGUCGUAACUUCGGGUGGUCGUGUCAUCGUUGUAUCAUCGUAUGCUGCGACUCUGCGAGAAGCACUCGACUUAGUUUACUCCGGUAUCGAUAAGGUCAACUUUGAUGGUAUGGUGUAUCGAAGAGAUAUUGCCCAUAGGGCGCUGUCAGCAUCAACCCAAAGCCCAUUAGGCUUGACGUACGCACAGGCUGGCGUCUCGGUAGAUGCUGGUAGCUUGUUGGUAGAGGCUAUCAAACCCUACGUCCGUGCCACACGCCGCGCAGGCGCCGAUGCAGAAAUUGGCGGUUUUGGAGGCGUGUUCGACCUCAAAGCAACGGGUUACAAAGAUCCCGUGCUCGUUAGUAGCACGGAUGGAGUAGGUACUAAACUUAGCGUCGCUGUCGAUACUGGUAUCCAUGAAUUUGUUGGCAUCGAUCUUGUCGCCAUGUCUGUCAAUGACCUCCUUGUGCAGGGUGCUGAGCCAUUGUUCUUCUUGGAUUAUUAUGGAUGCAGUAAACUUGAUGUGAAGACCGCCACGCAAGUCGUCGCUGGCAUCGCUGAAGGGUGUCAGCAAGCUGGAUGCGCCCUGAUUGGAGGGGAGACUGCUGAAAUGCCAGGGAUGUAUCUGAAAGACGACUAUGAUCUCGCAGGGUUCGCUGUGGGAGCUGUAGAGCGAAAUUUGAUAUUACCCCGACCAGAUAUUGCCCCUGGAGACAUUCUACUUGGGAUACAAUCAUCAGGCUUACAUUCAAAUGGUUUUUCCCUAGUCCGCAAGAUCAUAGCUCUUUCUGGGCUACCUUAUUCGUCGCCUUGUCCGUGGGAUGAGAAGAAGACGCUGGCGCUAAGUCUGCUCGAACCAACACGAAUAUACAUCAAGCAGGUCCUUCCUGCAGUAAAUAAAGGUCUUUUAAAGGGCAUGUCUCACAUAACAGGCGGUGGUUUCAUCGAAAACAUACCGAGAGUCCUGCCGCGAGGUCUCGGAUGCUACGUUGAUGUAUCGACGUGGCAGUUGCCGCCUGUGUUCCGCUUCCUGAUGGAACAGGGAAGCGUUGACCCUCUAGAGAUGGCGCGGACGUUCAACAGCGGCAUAGGUUUGGUGGUGAUCGUGGGCGAGGAUCAACUUGAUGAAGCGCUGCAAACCUUGACGCAGACGUCUGAAGCUGCGGUUUACAAAAUCGGAAAAGUCACAGCCACAACUGGGGUGGAGAUGAGACAUCUCGAACUUUGGAGCGGUCCGAUAUUCCCCCAAUAGUUAUCAUAAAUUUGGGGACAAGUAGUGAUCAAAUAUUAUAUCGUCCAGUACUGAUAGAACUGGGCUAUACGCCAAUACGGCAAAAAUAUAUCUGCGAUAUCUAAAAU